AUGUACGAGUCGUUGGUUUUGAUGCCGUUGGAAACUAAAGAUGGCAAGCCUGUACUGGCUUGCUACAUAUGUUGCGCAAGGCUCAACAACUGCUAUGAGUUGAGGAAGAGCUGUCUCCAGAGUGAGGAGCUGUUCACACAAAUGCUGAGCAGUGAUGAGUCCGAACACGUGAGGCUGCAAGGAAUAAACAAUAAGAAGAGACUCACCAUGGACAAUGUCGUACACUUGAGCAUAGGACAUGAACAUGAGAUGAAUGCAGACAAUGUUGGUGUGGAGGCUCUGAAGUGUGAAGCAAAAUUUGAACCAAAUGAUUGUGAAG